AUAGAUACAAAAACAAUUAAAGAGAAUGGUUUAAGAAUGGGAGGGUCAGAGUCAAGGAGUUGAACCUAAAGCUGAAAGUCAUUGAAGGGGUGCUUCUGGUUAUAGUCCCUUGUCCCAUUCAAGCACUUGAUUUCUAGCACCAAAUCAAACCAAUACCUCACCUUUUUUUAUAGCUUUUUUCUUCAACCCAACUUCGUGGCUUCAAUGAUGGAUUCAGAAAGAGCACUGACCCAGGUUCAGGAAAUAGAGCAAGAAGGUGGUGUCGGUGGAGGGACCAACAAGAAGAUGGAGGUAAAAAAUGAAACCAAUAAGAAGAAGAGGAGUUCUUAUUUCCCCAAGUUUGGUUGUUUCAGAAUCGAACAUGAUGCUUCUGGGAGAGGUUUUGAUAUUGAGGUUGCUGAUGAAUCUGGUCAGCGUCCCACCCCUACCCACUUGAUCAUAAUGGUUAAUGGCCUUGUAGGCAGCGCACAGAAUUGGAAAUUUGCUGCAAAGCAGUUUCUGAAACGGUAUCCAAAAGAUACUAUUGUACAUUGCAGUGAACGCAAUUCUUCCAUGUUGACAUUUGAUGGUGUUGAUGUAAUGGGAGAUAGACUAGCAGAGGAGGUUAUAUCAGUUAUAAAACGUCACCCAAGUGUUCAGAAAAUUUCAUUUGUAGGUCACUCUUUAGGUGGCUUGGUGGCAAGAUAUGCAAUAGCCAAGCUUUAUGGGAGAGACAUUUCUAUGGAACUUUCUCAGGGGAAUGGACAUUGUGAAAGUCAGGUUUCAGAUCAAGAAUGCCAUGAUAGAAAAUAUGAAGGAAAAAUUGCAGGACUAGAGCCCAUAAAUUUCAUUACCUCUGCAACGCCACACCUUGGUUCUAGAGGGCAUAAACAGGUUCCUAUGUUUUGUGGAUUUUACUCUCUAGAGAAAGCAGUAUCUCGUGUUGCAGGAGUUUUUGGUAAAACGGGAAAACAUCUUUUUUUAACUGAUAGUGACAAUGGAAAACCCCCUCUUCUUCUUCAGAUGGUUCGUGAUUCCGAAGAUAUUAAAUUCCUGUCUGCUUUACGCUCCUUCAAACACCGUGUUGCCUAUGCAAAUGUUCGUUAUGACCAACUUGUUGGAUGGAGUACGUCAUCUAUCAGGCGUAGAAAGGAGCUCCCUAAGCGCCGGCAUCUUUCAAGACAUGAGAAGUACCCGCAUAUUGUAAAUGUAGAAACAGAAAAAUCUACUUCUGUUGUUGCUGAUGAAGUUCAUGAUGAAUCCAGAGUGAGUAGUGGAUCCAGUAAACUUGACUUUGAAGAGGAAAUGAUCAGAAGCUUAACAACAAUGAGCUGGGACCGAAUAGAUGUCAGCUUCAGUGGUAGUAUGCAGAAAAUUCUCGCACAUAGCACCAUUCAGGUGAAAACUUAUCGUAUCAAUUCCGAUGGAGCAGACGUGAUUCAACAUAUGAUUGACAAUUUUCAGAUAUAAAAUUUUCCCAUGUUGCCAGCUUCCAAUAGACAGGGCAAUGUCUUUAUUUUUUUAGACGGAUUCGUCACUAAGAAGGCUUAGAGAACAAUAGAAAAGGGAACCAUCAAAUUAUGAAAGGAUAAAAGGAGGCGUAUAAUUGUACCCUAAGGAGAAUGGUCCCAUUUAAAAUUGGUUGUAGUUGUAGAUGAGAUAUGUAUAGGAAUCUUAAGAUAUGAUAUUGACGAUUUGAAUAAGAUAUCUAUCUAAUACCUAGGAUAUUUUUUUCUUAUUCA